GAGUUCCCUCCAGCCCCGAGCCAAGAGCAGCUCUCAAUACCGGGUGAGGCACGGAGCACUUGAGCUAUUUCAGCCACAUGAAAAGCAUCGGAACUGAGAUCGCAGCUCAGAGGACACCGGGUGUCCCUUCCACUCACUGAGGAGCCUUGUAUUCUUGCACGUGGCUGCCUGGGACCUUCCUCAGGCAGGAAAGAAACACAUAAAGCAGGGAUAAGACCGCGUCAAUAUGUCGAAACAGCCAGUUUCCAAUGUCAGAGCCAUCCAGGCAAAUAUCAAUAUCCCAAUGGGAGCCUUUCGGCCAGGAGCUGGGCAACCCCCCAGAAGAAAAGAAUGUACUCCGGAAAUGGAGGAGGGUGCUCCUCCCGCUUCAGAUGAGGAGAAGAAGCCAAUUCCGGGAGCUAAGAAACUUCCAGGACCUGCAGUCAACCUAUCGGAGAUCCAGAAUAUUAAAAGUGAACUGAAGUAUGUCCCCAAAGCUGAACAGUAGUUGGAAGAAAAAAGGCUUGAUGUGAAGAAUUGAAGAGUAAGAGAAUGGAUUCAAAUGAAAAUAUCUCACUAAAAAGUUUUAUAUAUUUGUAUGAAGAUUCUGUACCUCCUGAAUGCCUAAAACUCUAGCAGAAAUGUCCUGUUUGUACAUUUAUAUCUCUUCCUUCUAGUUGGCUGCACUACUUUAUCUUCACAUUUGGCAGCUUGCAGAGCAAAUCAGCUCAAGAAUUCACCAGUUGGAGGGUGUGGUUUUGAGGAGGGAUAUGAUUUUAUGGAGAAGGAUACGGCAAUAUGCAUAACAAUGAUUUUCAUUGCAAGUUCUCUAAGCUACUUCCCACACUAUUUUGGUCAAUAUUUGGAAUGUAUUUUAGUUCUUCACCUUCUAAGUUAUGUCAAUAAACUUUUUAUGAGUUCAAAUAAAUAUUUGAGUAAAUGUAAAA